CCUCAGCACUGCGGUAAUAUGGCUCCGUAGCGAGCGGCCCAGCUUAGUGCUGCUGCCGCCAUUAACCCUUGGGUGUCCGGCGGCGGGGGGGCGGCCCGGCGGGCUCAGGCGCUGCCCGGCCGUUGCCCUGCCGUGAGGAUGAGCUCGGCCGCCGGCCCCGCCGCCCUACCUCCGGGCUCCGCCACCAGGGCCUUGCAUGUGGAGCUGCCCUCGCAGCAGCGCCGGCUUCGCCACCUUCGGAAUAUUGCUGCACGUAACAUCAUCAGUAAGAAUGGUUAUCGCCUCUUGGACACCUACUUCACUCUCCACCUGUGUGAUAACACCAAGAUAUACAAAGAAUUUUAUAAGAGUGAAGUGAUCAAGAAUUCUCUGAAUCCAACCUGGAGGAGUUUGGACUUUGGAAUAAUGCCUGAUCGUCUCGAUACGUCUGUCUCGUGCUUCGUUGUGAGGAUCUGGGGUGGCAAGAAGGAGCACUUCCAGCUUCUGAUCGAAUGGAAGGUCAAUCUGGAUGGAUUGAAGUACUUGGGACAGCAGAUACAUGCAAGAAACCCAAAUGAGAUUAUUUUUGGUCUCAAUGAUGGUUAUUAUGGAGCUUCGUAUGAGCAGAAGGAUCACUCAGGUACCCUGAAGAACAGCCUUCUCCAGGUGGAUCAGAACUGCGUUCGUAACUCUUACGAUGUCUUCUCUUUGCUUAGGCUUCACAGAGCCCAGUGUGCAAUUAAACAGACUCAGGUAACUGUUCAGAAAAUAGGAAGGGAGAUAGAAGAAAAGCUGAGAUGCACAUCUACAAGCAAUGAACUGAAAAAGGAGAGUGAAUGUUUACAGUUGAAGAUUCUGGUGCUACGUAAUGAACUGGAGAGGCAGAGGAAGGCCCUUGGUCAAGAAGUAGCUUUGUUACAUAAGGAAAAGAAUACUUUACAUGACAAAGGAAAUGCAUUUGAGGCUGAGUAUCAGAAGCAUCAAGAGCGUAAUGAAUCCCUGCAUGAAUUAAGAAAAGAAUGCACUGCAAAGAGAGAACUGUUCCUGAAGACCAGCGCCCAGCAGACCGCUCGAUGCAAGCAGUUGCUCUCAGAGCUGUCCUACAUCUACCCUAUCGACCUGAAUGACCAAAAGGAUUACUUUGUUUGUGGAGUCAAGCUUCCGAACUCUGAAGACUUUCAAGCAAAAGAUGACGGAAGCAUCGCUGUUGCCCUGGGCUACACCGCUCAUUUGGUUUCAAUGAUCUCCUACUUCUUACAAGUGCCACUCAGGUAUCCCAUAAUUCACAAGGGCUCCAGGUCUACAAUCAAAGAUAACAUCAACGACAAACUGACAGAGAAAGAGAGAGAAUUUCCUUUAUACCCAAAAGGAGGAGAGAAGCUUCAGUUUGAAUAUGGAGUGUAUCUUCUCAACAAAAACAUAGCACAGCUUAGAUAUCAACAUGGGCUGAGUACUCCAGAUCUAAGGCAAACUCUUCCUAACCUGAAAAAUUUCAUGGAACUCGGGCUCAUGGUCAGAUGAUAUCCCAGGUGCUGCAAGGUGUCGAAAAUAUCAUCCAGUGUGAGGUAACCCCACCAGGGUUUGCUGCCAGAUCACUUGGUGCUGCCCUGGUGACUGGAGAUGGACUCAACAUUGCUUCAGCUGAUUGGAGAAAUAAUCUCUUGUCACAGUUAAAUUAGGGUGGAAGAGUUGCUCCUAAUGAGAUAAUAAACUAUUAAGCACUAAUGGGCAGACAUUAAUAACUUGGAGCUGGUUUGUGUCUUCUGGGAGAAUCUCAAAACCCAAAAACCUGAUUUGAAACGACACCACUGUGACACUGGCUGAUCUUUAACAGUGCAAUUAAAGCUUUCUAGGGCUGUUUGUAUUGUAUCUGAAUGCCCUGAAGCACUGAGCAGACCCUGCUGGUGUGUGCCAUCUUCUCACUACUGAAACUUCAAAAGAGUUUUGCUUUCUCAGAGCUGAUGAUCGCUGCCUUCUGGUAGAUUGAGUCUAUCUUUGUUCCUCCAAUACGCAGAACGUGGGAAGGAGAACAGCUAUGAAGGCAGCUUGUGAUCACACAGCCUUUAAUACUGAAAGGCAAGGGGGGGGAAAGAAAAAAGAGCUUUUCAUUGCUGCUCCAGUUGAAAAUGAUAGGAGCAGGCUUUGGAUGGAGUUAUGUGCCUUGGAGUAACGUGGCUCAGUAUCAGACCCCUGGAACAAGAGUUCUGCUUUUAGUAACAGCCCCUAAAGUCCUAUGGGACAUCACUGUACCAGAGCACUUUCCAGCCCUUAUUUCUGUGCUGCACUUUGCUUUUAUCUUUCCUUCAGCCCUUGCGUAGAGAAAUGCUGAUCAAAGUGAGCAAAGCUGUUUGGCAAAUCGUUUGACUGGGGGGAUAAUCUUGGCAAAUACGGGAGGAGGAGAGGGAUCAUCUUUGAGCAGAGCAGUGCAAGUGUUGCCUGAUGGAAAUCCAGCUCAGCCAGCAAACAGAGCCUGAGAAAAGGAAGCUGUGGUUCUCGUGCAGCUCCACAUUCUCAGUAGUUGUAACCACAGCUGAAAAGAUUCUCCCUUCUUUUCUUAUCCCGAGGUGUGGGAAGAAAAAAGCUUCAAUCAUCAGGCAAAUAUUGCUGUCAGUUUGUUAUUUCAUCCAUCGCUGUGAUGUCAAAACCCAAAGAUGACGUGUGGUCACCUAAAUAAGAACACAAAGGGCUAAAAUACCCAAACUAUGGCUUCUGUAGUGCCUGAACCUCACGUGCAGGCUGGGAUGGGUGCAGGUGGCCCUCGAAUAAGCAGAGAGGUGAGGGCUCUGGGUCACAAGGUGUACAUCUUUGCUCUUCCCUUCUAGUGUCCAUUAGCUCUGAAGAGCAGAUAGUGUCAGCUUUAGGUACUUGUUGGAGGUUUUGCCUUCGUGCUGCCAGGUUUUUUUUUUCCCUGUUAGGUGAUACGCAGUCAUUAGCAAGACAAAACACAUUUUUGGGCCAGAUAAUAUUUCAAAACAUGUAGGAAUAUGAAGCACAGUUCUCUGGGAAUAUCACAUUCCCUCCUUGCCCCCACAUGAAUGUCUAUGCCUCAUUUCCUUCUCACCUCCACGACUUGCAUGCAUAGUUGUUCUUUUUUAACUUUUUCUUAAGGCUGAUGGCUCUAAACAAGGCUCCUUAGUGCUUCCUAAUAAUAUAAAUGGAAAUGAGCCUUUACAGGGAGCCUGGCUCAAGGGGAAAACUGGCGAGACUUCCACAGCCAGGCACUGCAGUUGAGCACAUGCGUAGCGAAGCACAGAUGCCCACUGUCUUGUGAAUAAUAUCUGCUUACAUAUAUUUAAGCAAGCAGAAAGGCCACCAGCUGUUAAAAUGAAGAUUGGAAGGGAUUUUUCGUUUUCAGGAUACAGCAGGUGAGUAAUCUGACGCUCCGGGCUGCAGACAGCAGUCGGCAAAGUAUUUCCAGGCUAUCCUUCAUCUGUGGGAUGAGAGCAGGAGCGUGUGAGGUGGUGAUGAGUUUUUCUUAUUCACACAUUCAUUUACACUGACUGGUUUGGUUUUUUUUUGUCGUUGUUCAAUUGCUGGUUUUCAGUUUCCUUCGUUGUCACUGCAGACAGCUUUUGCUGAACUGCUGUCAAAUCGCAGUCAUGCUGUGACUUACGUUGCACUUAGUUUAUCUGUGAAGAGGACCUACUCAUAGCUCUUAGUCUUCUCUAAAGACAUCCCUGUUUCUCUGCAGCCUGGAAUUGAAUCCCAGAGAUAAACAGGGUAACCAAAAUCUGUAGUUAUUUAAUUCAGGCUUAGCCUCACUCUCUGAGAAGGAUCAGAUAUACACAUCAGAAUAUAUAUACGUAUAUAUAUCAGAUAUAUAUACAGAAUAGUUUUGUUACUCCUGCAGAUGUGAGGAUGAUGUUUAAUGUUUGUAUUCUUACAACUUUGGUUGUAAAACCAAUUAGCCCAUUAUUUCAGGCUUCAAUCGGAGCAAAUUUGGCAGUUUGCUACAGAUUUCUUUGCUUCAGGCCCUGAUGAACUGCAUAGUUCUGCCUGCAGCCUUUUGUAUACCUGCAGGGUUGGACUGAGGUUUAAUUGCAUUGCUGCUGGAUGCCUCUGCCUGGGGUGACUUGUUUUAGUUUCUCAAGCAUUAAAUGAUGAAUACAUGUUUUCACAUUGCAACUUGCAUGAUUUAUUGCAUCAAGCAUGCAGGUCUGCAAGCUCUGCUUCCCUCUUCAUAUCUCCUGGUACCUGUAUUCUGCUGUAUUUACCUUUCUCCUCGUGUGCCCCAACUGCAGAGUGUUACUGUAUUAUACACAGAUGAAGCCAGGACAGAUCUGCUGCUUCUGCACAUGCUGUUACAGAGGCUAAGCAACACCAAAGCCUUACUUUCCUGCUAUCAGAUUUAGAUGAUGUCUCACUUUCUUAAGGCGAAAGAUGACAAGCUAAAGUUUUGUUUGAUUUACAUUUUCCCACUUGUGUUCUCCAAAAUCUUUGUUUCCUUUUGGGAACACUUAUCUGUAUUUCAGAUUUCUCAAGCAUGGGAUCUCGCUGGCUCCCAGAAAAGCAGCUCAUUUUUAAGACCAGCAUUUGUUGAUGCACGAGGGGCCCUAUGCAGUUGUUCUCUGAAUAUCUGAAAGUAUGCAGUUCAUUCCAGCUUUUGAGACACUGAAUCUGUACUUUACACCUAGACUGCUUACACAUAUACACUUGACUUUGUUUUAUUCCUUUCUGCGUGUUCACCUCUAUCGUUCACAAGUCAGCCUGACUUCUGAGGGGCGGUAUUUGUAUUAAGAGCAAAUAAAGCAGCACUCUGCAGACUCGAGCAGUGCAGUGAGAAGGCUUUUCCUAGUGAAGAAAUGCAACAACAGGGUUAGCUAAUGUGGGCAAAUGCACGUGUUCCUUUAGAAAUCCUUGUCUGCAGUCAGGGAGAUGUCCUUUGGGGCCCUUAUAUAAAAGCUAUACCCAAAGAUGCUUGCACACCAAGGCCUUCCACUACUUGAAGGGAGUGGAUAAACAGGAGUGGGAAUGGCUGUUUGUGAGGGUGGAUGGUGACAGGACAAGGGGGAAUGGCUUUAAACUGAGACAGGGGAGGUUUGUGUUGGAUAUGAGGAGGAAGUUUUGGAGCCAGAGGGUGGUGAGGCACUGGCACAGGUUGCCCAAGGAGGCUGUGGAUGCCCCAUCCCUGCAGGCAUUCAAGGCCAGGCUGGAUGUGGCUCUGGGCAGCCUGGGCUGCUGGUUGGUGACCUGCACACAGCAGGAACAGGUUGGAAGUGGAUGAGCUUUGUGCUCCUUUGCAACCCAGGCCAUUCUGUGAUUUCUUCAACAAGUUGUUUGGCUCCAAACAAGGGCAAACCUCGUUGUUGUCUGAGCUGUUCACAGGCUUGUGCAGAUGCUCAGCCAUCCUCUGCACUGCUGCAGUCGCCCUGGUUGAGCCCAUACAGCCUUUCAGCUUGUGGUCGCUCUGUUUUCCAGCCUGAGUAAGGUAGGUGAUUUCUCUGGCAUAUCCAUGCAGUCCCAGAGCUAUUGCCCUUUUGGUGUCUGUAGGUUAAAAAGCAAACUUAAGACAUUCUCGUGCAGUGCAAUAUCACACCUGGGGAGCUGAAGGUGUAAAGCAAACAGUGUGUUUCAGGUGUAGGUGCAGAGCAUUAUUUACCUUUCAUUGUGCUCCUUUGCAACCCAGGCCACUCCAUGAUUCUAUCAUUGCUUCUGAAUUGCAGAGGUAUGCCUUGGUUUGUAUUCUGCUAGAUUCAACAGGAGGCCAACACAUAACGUUACAGCAGAGGAAACUCUGGUAGCUUAAUUUAUGAAGAUUUUUUUUUAUUAUUUCAAAAGCACGUGUCAGAAUUCCAGAGCUGCCAAAAAGGCACAGUUUCACCUCAGCUUCGUACUGGCAGCCUCCCUUAGCAUCCCUGUCACCACUGUGUGUAACUUACCCAGUAAUCUCAGAGAAGGUGAGAAGCUCUUAUUGCUCUGUAGCACGGUUGACAUGAUAUUGGCCCAGGGCUGUGCUUGGAGCUUCAGGCAUUUCAGAUGGCUGUAAACCAACUUAAACACCUUCAUUUAGCCUCCUUGCUGCCAUGAGGUCAUAGUUUGCAAUACACACACACACAAAAAAAGAUCAAAUGCUGUUAUUUUUUUUUUAAAGUAUUCUCAUACCAAAGAGCUGUAGCUGUGGAUUUUGGCUUUGGGCCCGACAAUCAAGAUUUAGUAUUUUGACCAGCUGUGAUCCAAUAAUGUUCCUCAGAGGAAACGUUUUGCAGGGAGGAAAAGAUGCAUAUUUGAGCCUGCAAAUUGUGUUCUGUCUCAUAAUGCUUUACAGUUUCUCUGUGCCCUUUGCAGACGGAUUAAAUAAUAGCAACUGAAUCUGACCAGAGAAACUCCUUAUCAAAACCACAAACGGAUUCCAGUUGUAAUCUGUUCUCUAGGAAAAAUAACUGCAGAGAUGGCUGCCCACUAUUUCAGUCAGCGUAGGUGUUUGCAGUGCGGAGUUCACGUCUUGCACCACGGGUCUGAAGAGUAAAAAUGAGUAUUCUGGGGGAGAAAACAGAUAUCUCGUAGAUUUUCUGCCAGUAAAACUUGUAGCUGAGGUUAGAGUCUGUAUAAAUUGACGUUCUAGAUUUGGAUGCAAUUGAAGCACUGAAAUCAGUGGUGAUGUAAUUCUCUUAUCUACGAUAGCCAAUAAAUCAGAAUUUCUCUUCCAUUUUUGUUUUUAAUUUGGAAAUUCUACUUCCUAAGAGCAAUCUGACCUACUCCUCUGUGUCGCUCGUCCCAGUCUGAUCCAACUGGAUGACUAAACACCAUUAAGACCCAAUGACAGUUCAUCAGGCCCGGUUUUCCUACUCCACCAGUUGCAGGCUGUUCCUUUUGGGCAGGUGUCCACAUCUGCUUGCUGUCCCAGAAGAUCAGGCAGGUCAUUGUGUCAGGAAGCUGAACCAGCUCACCCCUGGUGAUUCAGGUCAAGGCUGCGCCUCAGGGCUGCACUCCUGCAUGCUGAACUUGUUUGGCUAGCAAGGAUACCUUGUGCUCUCUACAGUUUACGGGCAAUUGGAUGUUAAUUUUCUAUGUGAAGUGCUUUUUCUUAUUAAUUCCAUGAGCUGUGAAGCUGAUAAAGCACCUCUUUCUCAUGGCUUUGCCUUGAUGCAGUGCUGUGAGUUUUGGUAACCAUACAGACGUUGCUCAAGGGAAAUAUGAGUAGAAUAGAGUUCCUCUGUCAGCUGCUUGUUUUCGUAGAGAUUAAUAGCAACCUCGUACAUCUGAGCUCUGUGCUUCUUUGGAAACAUUAUUUCUGAUCUGAAACCACGGUUUGACUUCACGUUCUCACCUGAGGGGAGGUGAGGGAGCAGGAGAAGAUGCCUUGGCUUGACUGUAGCUGAGAACCAUGCAGUUUUUAUUUCACUCACUGCAGUAUGAUGAUCAGUCACAUAAUCAUAAAAUGGCUUGGGUUGGAAGGGACCUCAAAGAUAAUCCAGUUCCAACCCCCUGCUGUGGGGCAGGGCUGCCAACCACUCAAUCAAUCACUAGAUCAGGCUGCCCACGGCCCCAUCCAACGUGACCUUGAGCACCUCCAGGGAUGGAGCAUCCACAGUCCACUGCUUUUGGGUACAGAGACCCAUUCAUUCUAAACCGGUUGCUCAGUUCAUGGCCAAGAAGGGGCAUCCAAAGGGAAGGAUGGUCCCCUUCAUCACCACAGGCUCACAGCAUGGUGUUGCUCACCUUUCUCUCCACUGCCUGCACUGUUAUUUUUUUCCACCAGUGAUUGUGGAAAGAGGGUAGGCAAUGAACUCUUGGAUGGCUGAUCUCCAAAGGCCUUCAUGUGUAUUUAUUUUAAUCUAAAUGCCGUAGCUAAUAUUUGAUAGGCGCUUAAGCCAUUCUGUUGACCUCAUUCCUGCUCUCUCAGCUUUAGGCUGUUAUCCCUGUAAUUAUUCCUGACUGAAGCUAAGCCCAUCCCAUUCAUAUUUAUUGGCAGUGAGGAAUAGUUUCAGCAAUCUGCCUGCGUAUGUGUCCAGCAGAUUAAGACCCAAUCUUACAGACUGAAGUAGGGCCCUUUUAACCGUAUGUAGUUUAAGGAGCCUGGCUGCAAGUGCUUUUUGUUUUAAUUCAUUAGUUUGAACGCUGGUAUGAUAAAUGAAGAUGAUUCCUGCCAUGUUGCUCUAUGGACUGCCCUUAUGUACUCUGCUAAAGAACUGGGAGGUUAUUUUGUAAAUGAGGGAGAUUAGCUCUGCAUUGCUGCUAUGUUUAGGCUGUUAGAUCACUUAGCGUAGAUCAUUCUGCCAGUUCGACUUACUAAGAGGUUUUUUUACUUUGGCUGCUGUACUGAAGAGGUAUUGUUCAGACAUGCAUAACAUGUUAACUUGAAUGGCCUUGUCAUAACAAGCACUUGAAAAACUCUUCUGGUCCUGCAAGCUAAUUAAUGUCUCACCCUUUUGACUGCAUCUACAAAACAGUUUGGCUGUAUUUCUUUUUAGGAGAAGCUCGAGUCUACGUGCCCGCCGGAACAAUUUGUAAAGCUGCCUCUCUUGAGCUAAUUAGACAUUACAGUUGUUCAUGUUCAUUGUACUCAGGCACUUACAUCUCUGCUGUUUCUUUACCU